CAUGGCGGCAAGGAGACACUGCGAGUAAGAUCUCCCAUUAAAAAAAGUUAAUAGGGAGGAAAAGCGGCAGGUCCCAGUGAGAACCGGGACACGGAAGAUAAACGGGUGACGCCAGCAAACUGCCCGAAGAAGAAAGUGGCCAUAAAAGAGGACCAGAAGGGAGGGAAGCGCAGAACCCUGCUCCCCUCCCCCGCCCCCAGAGGCGGCACUCUCCGACCAGCAGAGAGGAGGAAAACAACAAACCAAAACGGCCAACAAGAACAAAGGACGCAGCAAGCGGGACUGGGAGUGGAAAGGAACUAUUGCAGCCACCACACCCCGUGAACGGGAGCUGUGGAGAAUCCUGCAGGAUCCGCCGCGGAGGUGAGCGAACGGCUCCGGGCGCCAUUGAAGAGAGACCCCGCCCCCGGGGAGGAGACCAGCACCAGCUCGCAGCCCCGGCCGCCCGGAAAAUUAUGAACAUUCAAGAGUGUGAAGUUGUUACUGUGCAACCAGAAAAAUAAUUAAAGGUCUCAGAUGGAACUACACCUCCAGUCAAGACAUCUGAUAUAUAUUCAAGGAUCACAGGUUGAGAAACAGCUGUCCAAGCUCCCAAACCCACACUAUGAGAGAUUUCUUCUGGAGACUCAUCAUUAUUGCGACAGUCAUGAUGUUACCAAUCAUCUUUUUCAUUAAAGGAAACCCCUUUGACACUACAAUAUUCCUGUCCACAGAAGAAAAGGAGGCACUAGCCUUGCAGAGAGCCCAGAUGCAGAUCAGCCCUGGCAGAACAAAGCACCUGGAAACCUUCAAAGAUAUGCAGGAAAACUCUGGAUCACUCACAAAUGUGAAUCCCCAUAUUUUGCUUGGCGCGCCCCCUGUGGAGAAAAAACUGCUGACCAUAGGGAUUUCCUCAGUGCAGCACCCCAGAAGGAGCUCCCUCUUGGGCACCCUGCAAUCUCUCUUCUCUGUUUCCUCCUCAUCAGAGCAGAAACACUUUAUUGUUCUGGUACACCUAGCAUAUGCUGACCGCAAGUGGCUUGGUCAAAUGAGCGCCAGCAUCUCAACCCUCUUUAAACCAUACAUCCAGGCUGGACAGCUAGUACUGAUCAAUAGUCCUCUUAAAAGCUACCUUCCCUUGAAGAAACGUAAGAAAAACUGGAAUGGCAACCCUGCCUAUGUAGCUUUCUACUCCAAGCAGAACAUGGAUUAUGCCUUCCUCAUGAACUUUGCUGCCCCGUACUCUGACUAUUUCCUGAUGAUGGCCGAUGGUGUGCAAUGUGCCCCUGGAUUUGUCACCCAGAUAGCUACUACUGUGUCUGCCUGGGAGUACAAGCCGUGGGUGACUCUGGAGUUCUCUCAGCUGCCCUUCACUGGAAAACUCUUUCGUACUAGAGACCUCCCAAGCUUUGCUCAUUUCCUUCUCCUCUUCUACCAAGAAAUGCCCUAUGGCUCCCUCCUCAUCCAUUUUCAUGACCUCAUGCAACAAGCACCAAUCCAAUUCUUCCCUUCUCUCUUCCCGGACAGGGGUAAUUUCUCCUCCUUUGGAAAAACAUCUAAUAGCCUCAACGAUGAAGAGUUUGAAGAAAAUGACAUUGGUUCUCCAAGCAACCCUGCUGCCUCCGUCUACACUAACCUGAAGGCUACCAAUGACACUGUCCCCAUGAACGCCUAUAGCUUGAAUGGGACUUACUUUUCUAGCAAGGAGGUGGAAGUCGGCAGCCAUCUGACAGUGGUUUUGGACAAACCUGCCCAAGUGUUCCGAGUUCAAGUCCUGACUGACUCUCACCUAAAAGAUGAGAACCAGCUGAAAGAGGGACAAGUAGAACUGGGCUUUGAUGCUACUAAUAGAAUCACUGACUGUGAUGACUAUAUUCUGCUGGGGCUUCUGAUAAAUGGCACCCUGAAUAAGAGGGUUUUAUAUAAUGAGUCUGGGAAGAAGGUGAAAUGUGUGAGAUUGCUUGUGACAGCCACUUCACCCUCUGAAAUAAUAUUCAGGCACAUCAACCUCUGGAUUAACUGAAGUUUAAGAGUAUAUGAAGAAACCACUGAGAGUUCUGAGAGUGGCUAGGUUGAAAGAGUCUACGGAGUUUCUUUUAACAAACAUUAAAGUAUUGAACUUGGCCAGGGAGACCUCAUUGUUGGGUACUUUCAGGGUUAUCAAUUCAUAAGAUUGAGCAUGUUGAUAGGCUAAGUGAAGGUAACAUCUUCUAGGUCCCAGAGAGCCAUGGGCAGGUGAAGUGGGCUUGUUAAACCCUUCCCUGAUUUUCUUUUUUUUUUUUUAAAGAUUUAUUUAUACAAGAAGUGGGGCACAGGCCAGAGGUGCAGGAGGGUGAAAGGAUUCACCAGAGACAGAACGGGGAGCAGAACAGGCAGAUGGACCGAAAGCACUGCUGAGGGGAGCAGCAGGCCAGACAGGAGAGGUCUGCUGUGCCGUGUGGGAAUCUCCCUGGCCAACAGGGAGUCGAACCCGCACUGCAGAGGUUGCGGACAGCUUCACAGCGUGGCGCUCAACCCACUGCACACCAAGGAGGCCCCUUCCCUGAUUUUCUAUCCAAAAGGAUCUACCAUCCAAAAUUGUCUCCUUGGAUUAAGAACACCAAACUUCUAGAAACAAGAACUUGUGGGUAGGACUGACUGAUGCUCCUGUCACAAGACUCAAGCAGUGCAAGAAAGAGACAGAAGAUCUUUCAUCAAACAAGAAAUGGGUUAAUUAAAAGCUGAAUGGGGGCCUCCCUAGUGGUGCAAGGGGUUGGGACACAACCUGUGAAGCUGUCUGCAGCUACUGCAGCACGAGUUCAAUCCCCGGCCAGGGAGCUACUCACAUGGCGCAGAAGACCUCUCCUGGCUCACCUGCUGCUCCCCUCAGUGGUGUAUUUCAGUCAGUCUGCCUGUUCUGUUCCCCAUUCUAUCUCUGGUGAAUUCUCUUGCCCCCACAUUUCUGACCUGUACCCAGUUCUUGUAUGCAUAAACGGAUAAAUCUUUAAAAAUAAAUAAAUAAAUAAAUAAAGCUGAAUGGGCUAUGUGACCACAAAGAUAGAUUGGCCAAGAGAGGAACAUUUUCUCUGUGAUCUUAUUUUUUCAUGGAAGGUAGUAAGUCAUUCACU